AUCGGCCAAUUUUCACACAUCCACACAACGGAGCACUAGCCUCAUCCGCUGUGGAAGCUUCACAAUUGAGAGAUUUUGAGUUUGGUCCUAUCUAAUUUUUUUGUUCACUUAUUCAAUACUUAUCCACCUCGAUCAUAGACACAAAUGGCCCAUAUCGAGGAAGAGGUUAUCGAUAGUUAGCGGACCUUGCAACGAUGUCUACAGAUUUAUUCCUAUGGCCUUUGCUUUCAUGGUUUACUGUUUGUAUCUGAUGGAAUGCUGGCAUUGUCGGACUCGGUUUGAUCUUAUGUGCAAGUGCGAUGUUCACGCUGUAUAUGAAUAUGUGAAAAUCAUGCAGAUAUCAGCACCAGUAGUGUGGUGGCAAGCAAUCUGUUACCACUACUUCUACCACUUGUUCAAACUCUUACUCAAGCCCCUUUUCUCUGGCCCUGGUAUAACUGAAGCGUCAACACGUGUGGACAGCAUCCCCUUAUCGUACAUCUAG